AUGACUACGACUACUACUACGAUGCUAGUUGACACAUACAGCGACCUAUCCGAUAUCUUCCAUACUGAACUUUUCUACCCCCCAACAUCCAUCCCAUCCCCAUCCUCCUCGCCCGCCCAAUCGCCUUUUAGCCAUGCACUGCUCACACCACCCCAAUCCACUCUCCCCACUUCGUUCCCUGACAUCCACCUCGACAACUCUAUUGACACUCAUCCGAUCGACAGCUCGUUCUUCACACUCUUUGACGAUGAGCUUAAAGCCAGCAGCGGCACUGCGGACCACCCACACCACCACCCAUAUGACUCGUCCACACCAUCAUCAUCAUCAUCAACCUUCUUCGAUAUGGGGUUCGACCACAUGAACAUGUCCUCCAUGAUGGGUAUGAGCAUGGGCAUGGGGAUGGACAUGUCCCUCACCUCUCCCUUGAUGCCAAUCGACGACUCCACAGCCAUCGGUAUCGACCCACAACUCGUCGAUUCCCCCGCUCCCCAAUCGCAGCACUCCUCCCAAACGGACUUUGAUGCGGAUUCGACGGCUGUUGAAGAUGAAGCUGAAGAGGAAGAAGAGAAACUCGUCCUCACGAUCCCACCCGUCAAAGUAGGCGGACAUGGGAAGGCGAGGAAGGGGACGGUGCAGAGUGGUGGGAUCGUCAAGAAGAGUGGUGGUGCGGGUAUCGGUGCGGGUGUGAAGGAUAAGGAGAAUACGAAUACCGGGAUUCAUCANGCGAAAAACAAGACCCAGGUAAAAAGGNCGGGGUACCAAGAUCCCCCCUCCCUCCGCUCCUGCUCCUGCUCCACUGCAUCCCUGUUUACUCCCGCCGUGCCAAUCGUGGUGAAUCAGCCACCUACGUCGUUACCCUCCCCGCCGGACCAGCAUACGACGGGCCAAGGGAGCGAACAUGGUGGUGAUGAUGAUGACGACGAGUUACCGCAUGAUUGGCGUCCUUCGCCUGAAGUGUUUGCGAAGAUGACGAGUAAGGAGAAGAGGCAGCUUCGGAAUAAGAUUAGUGCAAGGAAUUUUAGGGUUCGUAGGAAGGCCGAACGCGACAGACUCCUCGACGCCAUCCGUACCGAGCUCGGGUCAUCAAAAUCCGAGAACCUAGCCCUCCGCCAGGAGAUCGCAGCGCUUAAGCGGACACUCCUCUCCGGCCGUGGAGACAUUGGUUUGACCACCGGGGUGGACGUCAAUGGGAUCGAAGCCCUGAAUCUACCACCGCCCGCACCGUUACCGGAGAUGAGCGCUGCAGAGGUGUUGGCCGCUGCCUCACUUGCCUCUUCUUCUUCCACCUCUUCCUCCUCCUCCGCAUUUGCAUCCACCUCAACCUAUCAAAGCACAGGCCUACUGACGCCAAACACACAAAAAGACCUCCCCUCCUCCUCCUCCUCCUCCCAAGGGAAACAAGGGUUCUGGGGCGGCUUUGGAGGUGGCGGUGUGAUGCCUGUACAUACGGCUUUGGUCCCGGAUGUGAGCUUGGAGAAUAUUAAUCCUGCUAUGAAUGGUAGGAGGGACAGGGACAGGGACAGGGAGGGGGCAAUGGGGAAUAAGACGGGGAUGGGGAUGGGUGGGUUUGAUGGGUUUGCGGAUUUGAAUCCGUUUACUAUGAAGACUUUGGAUGCAUACCGGAUGCACCUCUGGGGCAAAAUGGCCGCCCAACACCACCAUCAUCAAUCCCAACAACACCAACACCAACAACAUCAACAACCUACCCAGCCCCUCACCGGGCUGGCGUCCAACCUCCGCCCACAUUAUUUCAACAGCGGCAACAAGCCAAACUUACCAUCGACGUACACGUACAAUGGGUAUGGGAGCACGCUUUCCGCGCUGCUUUCUGGGAAACAGGCGUCUUCAUCUUAUCCUACACCGCCGUCGUCGCCUUUACUCCUUGGCAAGGACGCACAUCUGCAGAGACAGCAGCAACAGCAGCAGCAGCAGCAACAAGAGAGGGAGGUGCAGAACGCUGUAUUAGCUGCCAUGGCGAGUCAGACGAUAUUCCGAAAGAUGGGUUCGGCGUUUUGGGAUGCUUUUUCUGGAUCCUCACCUUCUUCCUCUUCUUCUUCGGGUGGUAAUGGUGGCGGUGCACCGAAGAACUGGGAUGCGGAUAAGGUUAGGAGAGUGUUGGAGGGCAAGGCUGUUGUGCGUGUUGUGGAUGUUGAUCAGGUUACGCCGCCUGGGUCGCCGAUGGUUAGGGCUGCGACGCCGUCGAGUGUCAAGGCGUCGACGGCGAAUUCAUCAACGUCAGCAACGCAAAAAGUCCCCACGUCACCGAGACUUCGCGCAGGAUUGACGCAGGAUGAGAAGAAGCGGUGUGCGAUGGCGGAUACGAUGUGUGAUAUUUUGGAGGAGAGUAUGCGGAGUUUGACGUUGAGUAAGAAGAUGUGA